AUGGCAGCAAACCAAAGUAUUAAGGAGCUCAUGGCAGCUGAGACGAAAGCGUCCAAGAUCAUUAGUGAAGCACGUCAAGAACGCGGAGAGCGUUUAAAACAAGCAAAAUUGGAAGCAGAGGCUGAGAUCACAGCAUAUCGUAAACAGAUGGAACGUACAUUUCAAAUGAAUGGAAAUACAGAUCUUAUGGGUGAAGAUCCAAGCGUCUCGGAGGAAGAAACCCAACGCGAGAUUCAAAAAAUGCAAAAGGAAUUUCAACAGAAUAAACAAGCAGUCAUUAAUAUGAUGGGACAACAUGCUGUUCGUGUACAGCUUCGCGUACCAGAAGCGCACAAGAAGUGA